CUUUAUUUGACCAAUGAGUGGCGACCUUCCUUGAAACAGUGGAAAAUGGAACGCCUCUUCUGUACGCGCGUGAGAGUUUAUUUCAGCGCUUCUCUGAAAGUGAUUGAUCCUUUCACCUCUGCGCUUUAACGGUAAAUAAAAAUGUUGAGUUUAUUGAAGCAAGUAUUACUGAUAUAUUUUGGUUUUGUGACUACUGGUAUCACUUGUCAAUAUAUUAAAAAUUCUGGAUCUUCAACAUCUCAGAAAGCUAGAGAAAUCCCUGGAACUUCUAAUGAUUUUCAACCUUCAUUUGGUUCAAGAUUAUCAACUUUUUAUGGAAAUAACCAUCACUCGCUUGGAAAAGUUAUAGCUUAUCCUGCAGUUUCAAAUAUAAAUCGAUCAGUUAAGUACAGAAAUCAGUCACAAAGAUCGGUUCCUUUCCAAAUGUUCACACAGGAAGAUCAGCCACUUGAUGGGUCUUUUAGAACAAAGCAGAGUGCAAAGGCAACUGCCAGUCUUGAUGAAAGCAAAAAUAGCUAUCCUGUAAAUAUAUCAAAUAGUUCCUCAGUGGGAAAUUACAGAAGAUCAAAUAUCCCCGCACGUUUGAAUGAUGCCAAGUACCUUAUACCGAAGAGUGCGAAGAAGAAACUAAGAAAGAAACAAAAAGAGAUUCAAGUAAUUUCGAAGUCAGAUGCAAAAGUACAAAAUGCAGGUUUACAUAACUUUUCUGAAAAUGAUUUUUCUUCUGUCUUUGAUAAUGCUCACAAUUUCCUGUUUGAUAGCCAAAAAUUGCCCAUCCUUCUUGAAAGGCAGGACCCACGAACGCUUGAAAAUGACUCUGGAGAAGAAUUGACACUCCCUUGUUCUUGUCAUUACAGCCAAGAGGAAUGUGGCUGCAACUGCACAGGUUCAUUGUCAUAUGAUGAUUUCCAGGAUUUAUCAAAAUUAUUUCGUUCUUGCUCAAGAUUUUCUUUUCUCUUAUCCGAUGGUGAUUAUUAUGCUUUUCCACCUAACUUAUUCUACAACGUUGGAUGUGUCGAACAUUUCAACUUGACAUUAUCAAACGCAACGUUUGAUUACCUUUUCGACCCUUCUCCAUACACUUCUGCUUUCGGAGGAGUCUGCUUUCAAAAAACUGGACUCGUUAAGUUACGUAAGGUGAAUGUAAGAAGAGCCUGGAACUGGACACCGCUGGAGCAACUCAAGAAACCUUCUGGUUCAACAAUGGACAUAGAAAUAGAUGGUUGUGGCCUCAAGCGCUUGUCUUCAGAUUUCUCCAGAGUGUCUGGAGAAAGCCUAAAGACCCUCAGCAUAUCAGACAGUGAACUGGAGAUGUUAGGAAGCGGGGCAUUUGCACGUUUUGAGCGUAUGGUGCAGAUUCGAUUGCCAAAAAACCGUUUGCAAUCGAUUCAUCGAGGAGAUUUGCCGCCUAAUGCCCAAGAGCUUCAAGAAAUCGACCUCAGGUAUAAUCGACUGGAAUCUAUUGAGAAUGAUCUUUUUCAAGAUAUGCCAUCCUUGAAAGUUAUAUCUCUUGCCGGAAAUCCAAUUCGGAUGUUAUCAGAGAGCACGUUUGGUGCCGUUAUUGGGAAGACAUUCUUACAAGGAGUCUCUGAUUUUCCUUUAUACUGUGACUGUCGAUUACGCUGGCUGAAGAAUUCAACUUUGAGCCAAAACACCAUUGUGCUGCAAAAUUUAAAAGAUGCGAUUUGCAGAAGACCUCCGUAUCUGAGAGGAACUCCUUUCAAAGACUUGUCCAAAGAGCAUUUGAUUUGUUAAAAGUAUUUUAAUGGUUUUAAUGGACGUAUCUUGAGUAAAAGUACUGCUUACUUUCUGUAUUUCUGUUGUUUCAAAGCAAAGUAUCAAUUUUAAUAAAAAUAUUUUGGGUA